CUUUGCAAUUUCGCGUUAUAUACUGCAGUGGCCGCGGCCGUGGAAGCCGGCUGGACUGCAGCGCACGUGCCUGCGUCUGAGGCUCUGGCUUGCCGCGGAGUUCCUUGGGUGCUGGGUCUAGUCAGUCCUGUCCCCAAGGUUCUCUCAAUCCUCCGUCCCCUAGCUCUCGUCCAGCUCCCGACCUCAGCGUCUGCAGAACGAAAUGGUCACAACCAUGAAUACCUCAGAUGAAAUAGAGCAGAUGUUCCAGCCCUACAACUUCGAACUGUGCCGGGACAUGAGGCCCUAUUUGGAGGAGUACUGGGCAACCUCAUUCGCCAUAGCUCUGAUCUACCUGCUGGUCAUAUUCGUGGGGCAAAACUACAUGAAGGCACGGAAGGGCUUCAACCUGCAGGGACCUCUCAUCCUUUGGUCCUUCUGCCUUGCAGUCUUCAGUAUCCUCGGGACACUGAGGAUGUGGGGCUACAUGGGGACCCUGAUGCUUAAGGGGAGCCCAAAGCAAACUGUAUGCUUCUCCUCCUUCAUCAACACUCCCAUAAUCCAAUUCUGGUCCUUCCUGUUUGUUCUCAGCAAGGUCGUUGAACUUGGAGACACGGCCUUCAUCAUCCUGCGGAAACGGCCGCUCAUCUUUGUGCACUGGUACCACCACAGCACGGUGCUGGUGUACUCCAGCUUCGGGUACAAGAACAGGGUGGCUGCAGGCGGCUGGUUCAUGACCAUGAACUUUGGUGUACAUGCCAUCAUGUACACCUACUACACUAUGAAGGCUGCCAAAGUGAAGUGCCCCAGAUGGUUUCCCAUGCUCGUCACCAGCCUGCAGAUCCUGCAGAUGUUUAUAGGAGCCAUUGUCAGUAUCCUGGCUUACAUCUGGAGACAGGAAAAGGGAUGUCAUACCACAAAGGAACACCUCUUCUGGUCCUUCAUCUUGUAUGCAACCUAUUUCGUCCUCUUUGCCAAGUUCUUCCACCAAAACUACAUUAUGCCCAAGAUCAAAGCCAAGACCAAGAGCCAGUGAACUGUUGGAGAAAGAGAAGAAACCCUAAGUCCUCUCUCCUCCCCAGGGGACUGAGGGACUGAGCUUAGGUUUGAGGGAAUGAUUAGGAAACCUUUCCUGUAUGGUUUCCACAUGGGAUGUAAACUCCAAGGUGGCAGGAGGUGAUGACAGUCAAGUAGUAUCACCCCUGGGGUGGGGAUGUGAUCUGAUUUAGUACUUUGAUGUUUCUGUUGUUAAUGUGAAGACCAAGCAGGCCCUGUGAUGGGGUGGGACUAAGGAGGCUCCCCCGAACUGAGUUAUUUAUGUUUCCAGAAAUCUUUCUCCUUCUUG